AUGUCUGAUACACACCCCUUCGAUCCUCUUGGGCCCCAGGAAAUCACCAAGGCAGCAAAAGUUGCCCAAGAGCUACUCCACGGAAAAAGCUUCAACUUUCGCGUCAUCACCUUGAAAGAACCCCCAAAGCAGGAGAUGAUAGCAUUCUUGGAGAGAGAAUAUCUUGAGCAGCCCCAAAUCUCCCGACCAGCUCGUAUCGCUCAUAUCCAAGUCAUCGUUCGUGGUGAUUCGGGGCCAAACGAACUUAGCGAGCUCCUGGUGGAUCUAGACCGGAGUGCUGUCGUUCAACGAGAGAUCCUGGUGGGAAAACACUCGUUUAUUGACUCCGCUUAUAUGAAGGAUGUUGAAAAUGCUUGUAUGGCAGAUGAAAGGGUACAGAAUGAAAUCGGAAAGUUGAGGCUACCUGAAGGGGCCUCGGUCGUUGUCGAACCAUGGGCUUAUGCCACUGAUGGGAUGAACGACAUGUCGGAGCGAACUAGCAUGUGUUGGUUCUAUAUGCGACUGGUGGACAAUCCCGACGCCAACUAUUACGCAUAUCCACUUGAUUUGUGUGCGGAGGUCUCUGAGCAUCUCAAGGUGACCAAGGUCUACCAUUUACCUUCGUCCGAGAGUGAGAGGGUUCAUGCAGAAGCACGACCAUAUGAUCCUUGCAAGAUCCAUUCCACUACUAUGAGUGAAUACCAUCCCAGUCUACGACCACCACCGCGCACAACCACCAAGCCCUACCAGGUUGUCCAGCCAGAUGGGGUGUCCUUCAAGUCACAUGGAAACCUGUUAACCUGGGAGAAAUGGACUAUGCGCGUGGGUUUCAAUUAUCGUGAGGGCCUCACAUUACACGACAUCCGUUAUGACGGUCGGAGUCUCUUCUACCGAUUGUCUCUGGCAGAGAUGUUCGUGCCUUAUGGUGAUCCUCGUGCUCCGUUUCCACGCAAAGCUGCAUUUGACCUUGGGAACGAUGGUGCUGGGAUUAAUGCGAACAACUUAUCCCUUGGAUGUGAUUGCCUGGGACUGAUUAAAUAUUUUGAUGGGUGGCACAACACUUCCUCGGGAGAACCAUUGAAAUUGCCCAAUGUCAUCUGCUGUCAUGAGCAAGACGAUGGGAUUUUAUGGAAGCACACAAACUUCCGGACAGGAAAUGCCGCCGUAGUGAGAUCACGUAUUCUGGUCUUGCAGACGAUCAUCACAGUCAGCAACUAUGAGUAUAUCUUUGCUUUCCAUUUUGGCCAAGAUGCUUCGGUUCAUUACGAAGUUCGGGCCACUGGGAUCCUGUCUACCAGUCCUAUCAACAUUGGCGACGAAGUUGGAUAUGGUACUAUUGUUGCCCCGGGUGUCCUUGCGCCAUAUCAUCAACACCUUUUUUCUCUUCGUAUUGAUCCUGCGAUAGAUGGUGUUGCAAACUCGUUGCAAGUUGAAGAGUCCAACCCUUUGCCCUUUAACGACCCAUCCGUUCGGAAUCCGUUCGGGGUCGGGUACACAACACAUUCAAAGAUUAAUCGCACGUUCAAGAUCAUCAAUGAGGCAAAAGUCAAUCCUAUUACCGGCACGCCGGUGGGAUUCAAACUCGUUCCAUUCUACAGCCAACUGCUACUGGCCCAUCCAGAGUCUUUCCAUGCAAAGCGAUCCGAGUAUGGAAACCAUGCAAUCUGGAUCACUCGUUAUAACGAUGACGAGCUUUUUCCGGCUGGUAAUCAUACUAUGCAGUCCCUCGGCGGCGAAGGGAUCAACUCAACCAUUACUCGGCGGAGAAAUGACCCGGACUCCAAGUCAACAGUGCGAAACGAAGACAUAGUUAUUUGGCACACAUUUGGAUCGACGCACAAUCCAAGAAUCGAGGAUUGGCCAGUGAUGCCAUCUGAAAGGAUGGUGGUUGGUCUCAAACCGGUCAACUUCUUUACGGGAAACCCAAGUUUAGAUGUUGCUGUGUCCAGUCAAGAGAAUAACAAGAGUAAACUUGUUGAAGUCGAGUCAAGCGAACAUGCAUGUUGUUCUCCUAUUAAAAUGUGA